GUUAAUAUUCGUACGGCAAGGAGGAAGUGGUUAUUGAUCCGGGGUUGUUUAUAUUCUAAAGGCUGUGGAAAAGAAACUUGCUUCUUAAAUUUCCUAGUGCACUAUUUAGAAAUUGAGGUAAGUUUUUCUUGAAAAUUCAUAUGUGAUCACAAAAAUUAAAAAAAAACUAUGUCCUCGAUAAUUUGAAUGUUUUUCUUUUUAUACAGAUUUCACCUUGCAGUUGCUCCGUUUCGAUAUCAAGAACAAGGAGAGGUAAUUGAUAUGCGCAUUGUUUUCGCACCAGAUUAGAUUAUUAGGGGCACACUUAAGGUACAAAUUCUUCGUAACUCGUCAGUAUUCGAGAUCGAAUGAGCAGCAGUUGUUUUCAAGGCAAAAAUAGGCAUCCGUCUUUUAAAACAUUUUCAGCCGAGAACAUCAACAGGACAUGCAAUUAGCGUAUACACACGGCGAUAUUAAUGUAUUGGUGUCUAACCUACAAUAGAUUAUGUCUCAACCAUCGAUUUCCCUGUACUACAAAUGGCUAAAUUUUCUCAUUGAGUUAAAAAAUCAGAACCUUCUUUAGCUUUUAAUGUGUCUCGCAAAUAGCAAUAAGUCGGUACUUGCAAAUUGAAAGCUCUCACUGUAACUUCCGUUUAUGACCCACGCGCACUGAGUUACGAAGUUGUUUGAGCCCAGAGCAGGCGGUGUUGGACACGGUCCACGUGACCAUUUUUGUCCAAUCACAUCAUUGCAGAUGGCGGACUGAUUCUUUCACCUUUGCGCUGGUAGUCUCUUCGAUUUUCUUCGAUUUUCGUCGUUUAUCAGGUGAUUUACGAUGAUUUUUUUUGGAAAAGUUUGAGUAGACAGAUGUAGCAAGCCGCAGUUCUUAAAACAAUAUGAUGUAUGUUUGUUUUCUAUUGAUAUUGUUCGUUGUAAUUCUUCACGCGCAUAAUCCCUUUGUUUAGUUAAGAGCUAUUGUUUAUGCUUUUCAGUCUACAUCUUCUCUGUGUUCAACGACCCCUGACCUCCAUUUUUAGCAUAAUCUAUUAGUUUUGUUGUUCAAGAAUCUGAAAUGUCGGCGGGCCCCAGCGGGCCCCGCCGUUUUACGGGUCAAAAUGCCACUUGAAGUAUACCUACGUGCGUGAAUCGUGACUCCAUUCCGCGGCAUCUUUAGUAUUAUAAAUAUACUCGCGCGGUCACGAUCGAACCAGCUUAGAAUACUUUCACUACACGAUCAGCUCAGAAUACUUUCUUUCAUUUCCUUUUUAUUCGUCUUUAAAAAUAUGAUAUUUUUUUGUAAUAUAUAUGUCAUCGUAGCGGCCCUUAGGCCCUCCGUUUUGAAUAGUUCCUUGGCUUCUUCCUUCUGCCCUUGUCCGCAAAGAGUUAAACCUUCUGUGCGAGAUUCUUCAUGAUUCCUAAUAAAUCAUACAAAACAUAACGAACAGAUAAAACUGAAUUCAUACGGAAAAAAUGACUAGAAAACCUCCGCUAACUUGCUGUUGUCCUCAACAACAACAAGUUAGAGGAGGAGGAUUCCACAUUUGCCUUGGCCUCCAGCUUCUUCUGGAAAACCAGAAUAGGUUGCAUAUUAUUUUCGAUGGGAAGAUCAGUAUCCUUCAUGCACAUGUCAAUGUACCUGGAAAAAAAAUCUGAGGUGAGACGAGCGCUAAAGAGAAGCUUACGUUCAAAAUUAAGCACUUUAGGCACAUGUAAGAACGAUGUGUUGAUACGCACCGCGUUGCUUCGAUCCCAAAAUUAUCUCUUCGACACAGAAAAUAACAGUUUUGAGAAGCCAGCAGUAAACGUCGAUUGCGGCCACCUUUCCAGAGAAAGAUCUCAAAUGAACAUCGCAUGUUAUGUCCUUUAAAAGCGGAGGAAGACCUGUAAUGCCCAUAUCACACUAUUUCUCCCGGUAUUUUUAUGGCGUAACGAGAGAUGUGAACAAAGCGAAGGUCAGAUGCAAAUAAGCCGUUUUUGAUUUUUUCCCCAUGAUGCCCUUUGGACCGUGUCCAACACCGCCUGAGCGUAGAGAUUAUAAGUGGAAGUUUACAGUCUGUAAUAAUGCAGCAGUCCCUGAGGACGUAUAGGAGGUUUCUCUUAUGAAAAGUGGAUGAACUAUUUAAUAUUUUAUUUUGGUUGUGAUCAUAGAUGACGCUAUGGUUUUUGUAUCAGCACCAUAUUCUUGUAGAUACUUUAUAAAGAAGAACAAUAGCUUAAAAAAUCAAACCCAAAGUAAUUUACUCAGCAAUUUAUGAGACAUGUUGACAUUUAGUUUCCUUCAAAAACUCAUUAAUAUUCAGUAGGCAUAUUGUCCAACUGAGUUCUCGAAUCUAAACAGGCGCAAGGACAUUUAUACCGAGUUAGGCGAGAGCUUUGGAUUCAGCCUCAGGGGAUACGGAGUUGAAUGACUGAAACAGGCUGAUUAGGAUAAACAUUUUAUAAAGAAUACUAAUAAAGGACGAAAGUUUUAUAAAUGGUCCUCCUAAUUUGCAAAUAAAUGAAGAACAAAACUUUUGCUUUU